CAUUAAACAUAACAUUUUUGUGCCAACCAAACCAUAUCACUACUCCCUCAUAAAAACAUCCAAUUUUCCUUGCCCGGAAUUUGGUCGGAAAAGGAUGGCCACCGUCGCAGCUCAGGCAUCCACCACGGUUCUUCGGCCAUGUGCCUCGAAAUCGAGGUUCCUUACCGGUUCUUCCGGUAAGCUAAACCGAGUAAUCUCAUUUAAACCGACAUCACCUUCCUCACUCAGCUCAUUCAAAGUUGAAGCCAAGAAAGGAGAAUGGUUACCGGGCUUGGCCUCCCCAGGCUAUCUUAACGGCAGCCUACCUGGUGACAAUGGGUUCGAUCCCUUGGGGCUAGCCGAGGACCCAGAGAACUUGAAAUGGUUCAUCCAGGCCGAGCUUGUGAACAGUCGGUGGGCCAUGUUGGGUGUCACCGGAAUGCUACUGCCGGAAGUGUUGAGCAGUGUCGGAAUAAUCAACGUUCCAAAAUGGUACGAUGCAGGAAAAUCCGAAUACUUUGCAUCAUCAUCGACACUUUUCGUGAUCGAGUUCAUCUUGUUUCACUACGUGGAGAUCAGACGGUGGCAAGACAUCAAGAACCCUGGAAGUGUCAACCAAGAUCCUAUCUUCAAGAGCUAUAGCUUGCCUCCCAAUGAGUGUGGCUACCCUGGUGGCAUUUUUAACCCCCUCAACUUUGCUCCCACUGAGGAGGCCAAAGAGAAGGAGCUCGCUAAUGGGAGAUUGGCAAUGUUGGCAUUCUUGGGGUUUGUGGUUCAGCACAAUGUGACUGGAAAAGGGCCAUUUGACAACCUCUUGCAGCACAUCUCUGAUCCAUGGCACAACACAAUUAUUCAAACAAUCAGAGGUUACUAAAUGGAUGUGAAGGGAAAAAAGGAAACAAUCUUGUUUCAUUUAUUUUGUAAAACAUGAACAAAAUGGCUUUGGGUGAGAUUGAUUUUGAGCUUCAUUGUAAACAAGCAACAACAUUCAGUGUACAGGGAAGCUAAGAUGGCAUUACAUUUUAUCAUUUCUACCACCA